AUGCAGUUAUCCACUCAGAUUUCUAAUCCAAAUGCCAAUGUUUUAUACCAAAAUUCUUGCUCAAUGCCAAUUUCUCAAAAUCAUAACCAAAAUACUAAUAUAUCACAACAGCAAGAGAAUUCUUGCACAAUGCCGAUCCCUCAAAAUUAUAUUCAAAAUGAUAAUAAGUCACAACAGCAAAAUUUCUAUCAAAAUUAUAAUCACAAUACCAAUAUGUUACAACAGCAAACAUUUUCUCAAAAUCAUAAUCAAAAUAUUAAUAUAUUACAACAGCAAGAGAAUUCUUCUUACACAAUGCCGAUCCCUCAAAAUUAUAUUCAAAAUGAUUAUAAGUCACAACAACAAAAUUUUUCUCAAAAUUAUAAUCACAAUGCUAAUAUGUUACAACUGCAAAAUUUCUCUCAAAAUCAUAAUCAAAAUGCUAAUAUAUCACAACAGCAAGAAAAUUCUUCUUACACAUUGCCGAUCCCUCAAAAUUAUAUUCAAAAUGAUUAUAAGUCACAACAACAAAACUUUUCUCAAAAUUAUAAUCACAAUGCUAAUACGUUACAACAGCAAAAUUUCUCUCAAAAUCAUAAUCAAAAUGCUAAUAUAUCACAACAGCAAGAAAAUUCUUCUUACACAAUGCCAUUCUCUCAAAAUUAUAAUCACAACGCUGAUAUGUCACAACAGCAAAACGUCUCUCAAAAUAAUUAUCAAAAUAAUUAUCAAAAUGCUAUUAAACAACAGCAAAACGUCCCUCAAAAUUAUUAUCAAAAUGCUAUUAAACAGCAGCAAAACAUCCCUCAAAAUAAUUAUCAAAAUGCUAUUAAACAACAGCAAAAUGUUCCCCAAAAUCAUUAUCAAAAUACUAUUAAACAACAGCAAAACGUCUCUCAAAAUCAUGCUAUUAAACAACAGCAAAACAUCCCUCAAAAUCAUGCCAUUAAGCAGCAGCAAGAAUUUCUAAUAAUGCAACAACAUCAAGAGUUAUGCAAAAUGAUAAGCAACAUGGGAAAAUCUAUUUCAGACUUAUGCUAA